AUGGCCUUUUUCCCAUCCGAAGACUUCUCGCUAGACCCGCGCUUCAUAGAGCUCCAAGAGGAACUUCGAUCCGUGCUCUUCGCAGGCCUUUCCGGCCUAUCGCCCAGCGCGUCGUGUACUACAGAAGCAGACGCGACACCGACGCAAUCACCGCAGACUCUCAAUUUCUCUAGUGUCACUGUCAAUGUCCCCAAGGACAGGUUAAUAUGCUACCUCCAAAACUGGGUCACCGAGUGUGCACCCUACCUGGACAAAUUUGACCAGCAGAAGCAUUUUCAGAUCCAUGUGCCGCUUAUGGCGCGGAAGUCUCCUGCUUUGUUGUACGCCAUGCUUGCUUUCUCGUCCAGACAGAUGGAGAGAAGGGGGCUCACGCAAGAAGGUGGCUGUGAUAGUCUUGAGCUUUACCAGGAGAGCAUCAGGCUGCUAAGCCCUGGCUUGCAGGCUAAAGAUCCCAAUAUGUUGGUGACAGCUUGUAUCUUGGCGGUAUUCGAAUUGAUGUCGGGCGGAUCCAAGAACUGGAAGCGCCACGUUGAGGGAUGCGCCUCACUUUUCGAGUUCUUUGGAGUCGAUGGCUUCUCUGGUGGUCUGCCACAGGCAGUUUUCUGGUGCUACGCCAGGAUGGAAUUGUGCGGAGCGAUAAUCUCAGAUGGGACAGAAACUGCAGUCCUUCCUCUAGAAAGAUGGGCACCGCCUGCGCCGGAUUCACUGGUUUCUUGUGAGCAGGUUGAAAGAUACGUGCGGGACAUGUUCCACCGACGAAGUCGCGAAUCGCCCGAUAUGCAGGCAAAUUGGGCCAUAUAUCUGUGCACCAAAGUAUGCGACCUCAGGUUCCGCAGGACUCAGAGCUUGGAGCUCGGACGAGCAGAUACCCAAGAUGACAGGCCGUUCUCGGAGCAGUGGCAGCAGCUUUGGAACGAGCUGCAGUAUUGGCUAGAUGAACGACCUCCAACAAUGAAGCCCAUCAGCAUGGUCGAAACUGGCGACAAGCAGAUCUUCCCGGCCAUGUUGUUUCCCCAUUGGGCAGCCAUAUCAAGUAACCAGAUUUACCACACUGCCUGCAUUCUGAUGUUAGAGAUGCGCCAUCUUGGCCAUGAUCUGGACUCGCAAUGCUUGGCUUUGUGGCACGCGCGCCAGGUCUGUGGCAUCUCGUGUGCCAAUCUUCACCCCGGUAGUCUGGUCAACUCUAUUCAACCGCUUUAUAUAGCUGGGAAGUUGUUUUCGCAUGUGAAUGAGAGAAAACAGAUAGCUCGACUGCUCAAAUCGAUUGACCGCACAACAGGCUGGGGAGCAUUGUGGAGGUUGACUGAUCUUGAGGCUGAAUGGGGGUACGAUGUGGGAGCACUGCUGAAGUCUUUAUAG